UGACGCGAAGCAUUGAACGGGCAUCUCUCUCGGCUGCUCUCGAAAGCUCCGCGCUUGGCGUGGCGGAGCCGAGCCGAGGGCUGAUCUCGUCCACACGGCACUAGGAUUUCUCCUUCCCCUCCCGCUGCCGUUCACGUCCUCAAUAAAUACCCCACCCUACUCCAUCUUCUCGUGUUGUUCGGCGCACGCGGAGACAGCCCGCGAUCCCGAUCCCGAUCCUUCUUCACGCGAAUCUCGACGAUCCCCCCCUUCCUUCCUUCAAGAAGGAGAGCACCCUCCACCUGGUGCUCCGCCUGAGGGGUGGCAAUGGUAAUGCAGAUCUUUGUGAAGACCUUGACUGCCAUGUAUGAUACCGUCUUUGAAGUAUUUGUAUUGUCUGUCGUGACUAAGUUUGUUUCGUGGACCGGUUGUCUUCUACCCUACCCAAAACUACAGUGUGGCAGCAAAUGAUGAAUAAAUGUGAUGUUUGAAUUUAAAAAUAUGUGCUGAAUAAUGUUGUUUUUUUGUUAUGUCAGUUAAUGUUACUAAAUUGGCUAGCUUUUAAAUUUUGUUUACUAGUGUUCGUCGCACCUACAUCUUUGUACUGAAUGUUUGCUUUAGGUUCUGACAAACUCAUUUUGAGACUAGUUAAAUACUUAGGACCUAAAAUGAAUGCAGUAAAUAUUUAUCAUAUUUUCUAUGAAUUUGGUCAGACUUAAUUUGGCUGAAUCCAAACCUAAUGUUUUUUUACUAAUCAUAUUGAUAUACAUGUUUGAUUGUCUGAUUAUCUGGUUUGUUACUAUUUUACUUGGUUCGGGUCUCUAUUUCUUGGUGAAUCUACAUAGACUUGUGCAGAACCUGGUUGUGAUCAUAAUUCUACUUCCUCUGGAGAUAAAGUGGCUUGCUUUUCUGUAUGUCUAAUUUUUUGUUUGACCAUUGAAAAACAAACAACCAACUUACGGAUCAAAUCAGUAUUACUGCCAGAAGUAUAUUUGACCCUUAACACUAUUUAUAAAUUACAUAAAGUUUCACGAUUAAAACUGACGGACGGAUGUUAUUGGCCUAGAAAUAGCUCGAAAGCUCUAGGCUUAACAACCCUUGCACUAAAUUAUUGUGAUUAACGUUGUACUUUAUAGUGACAAAAAUUAAUUGGAAUUAUAUAGUUUCUUUUGUUUUGUAGAAGCAAACUAAGUUAGGCUAUAAUAAUAUAGAUAGAUGAUUAGGUUUAUAUAUGGUUUCUUUUGUGAAUUUUAUUAAGGAUCAACUAGUGUCAUGAAGUUGAUAGACAUAAAAUAGCGACACAUUUCUUUUGCCGUACUAUAAAAAGCGCUGGAAUAAUUAAGAUAGUCAAGAGGGUGAAUUUGGUGUCUCUAACUUUUCUUGGACAAAUUUAAAUUUUGAACACAAGCUUAACUAUCUCCGUGUGUUCAAUAACGUGUCUAAUAAUAUGAUAAAAAGUUUAUAUCCUGAUUUUCUAUUUUAUACUACGAUGGUAAUUUUAAGGAUGCUAAUUUUAAAAUUGAAUUGCUUAAAUAUAAAUGUAUAAAAUAAGUAAAAGAUCAAUGGACUCCUCGAUGUUUUGUAUUAUAGAUGUUGUUAAUUGAUUAACUUGUACUGAGUUAUUUAAGAGCAAGGUAGUAAGCUGUUGCCAACAACUGAUUCGGUUGUCACGGAUUAGUGGCCUUAAAUAAUUUCUAGCCGGAUUACUUCUCUAAUCUUAACGAUUUCUGAUCUAUUUCUUAAAAAACGAAUAAGGUCUGAAUCAAGAUCAGAGCUGGAGAUGUGCAUGGGUGCAUCUCAUAUGGCACACCGCAGACAAAAGAUUGCAUAGUUGGCUCCGAUCCUAUUUGGCAAGUGAUUAGAGAUGGCAAUGGCCCAAUGGUUACCCGCGAUCCGAUACUCGAUGAGUAUUUACUCUAUUAGGGUAUAUAUAUGGUCUAAAUGUUCUACCUAUGGAUUUCUUGUUAGGUAAAAACCUUCAACCAAUUGGUAAACGGGUAUAAGAAAAUUCUGUCCCUACCCAUACUUGUUAACCCGUGGGUAUAAACUUAGCCUAAAAACAUGAACUUGGGCUUUACUUAUAUAUUUCUUUUGACUUAGCCUAAAAACAUGAACUUGGGCUUUACUUAUAUAUCUCUUUUGACUAUUUAACAACCUUUUCGGCGAUAAUACCAUAGAAGGCUUAACAACUAUUUGAUGAUCAUGUAAUAGAACAUGUAAUGUGUUAUGUGUUACUAUCCUAGUGUUGCUACUAUAUCCAAUUAUCUAUGGUGUUCUUGAAUAGAUGAUUGAAUGAUGUUAGAAAUUUUGUAAUGGAUAUAUUGACAUUUGUAUAAUGUAGAUGUUUAAUCUUUGUGAGUACGGAUCUGACGGGUAACUCAUACCUAUAUGGGUAAUAUAAGUGACCCGAUGGGACUAUUUUUUUUAUCUUAGGUAUGGAUAUGAGAUAGAUAAGAGAUCAUAAUGCUCAUGUACGCCAUCAAUGCCAUUUUUUUAAAUGAACAACAUUUGAAGCCUUUUCCAUGAGAAAGAGAAAGGGGAACUAAGAUAUUUAUAGAAGUUCCUUAGAGCAACUUCAAUAGGAACCCUAAUCACAUAAACAAAUUAAAAUAUAGAGCUUUAAUAAGAAAAGACAGCUACCCAAGAGCCUUAUUUUAAUGAAAUUCGUGUAAACUUGAAGGGUAGCAUAUUUGGAUCUGAGAUCCGCAGCCCUAUAUGGUUCGCGCUCGUCCCAACCACCUCGGAUAUUUUCGCUUUCUUCUUCGCCGCCACCGGCUCCCAUUCCACCGCCAAGGUCAGCUUCGUUUCCAUCGCCGCAUCGCGUUCGCGUGUGCCAACCCCGCUCCCAUCUCAACUGUCACCGUCCGAAGAACUGAUCCGUUCUGCACAACCGCUCGUCACUCUCCAAAUUUGCUGCACCUGCCCUCUCCAAAGUUCUUGCACUCGUCCCUCUCCAAAGUUCCUGCAGAUUCACUUCUCUCCAAAGUUCAGGAGGAUGUGUGGUGUGACAGCGCUACAACAAAUCUGUCAACGGGGACUCUCAUCCUCUUGCUCAUAGAAAGAACUGCAGUGUUACAGGUAGGUAAUUACUAGAGUACUACUACUAAGUAAAUCUGUCAAAGGCAGUCAUGGCAUCCAUAUCCUUCACAUCAGUACUGGGAGUGGCACACGCACCGCACACAUACUACUACAUCUACUAGUAUGUAGUGGAGUGCUUGAAAGGCAUAAGCGAAUUUUCUUCUUGUUUGGUCUACGUCCAUUUGCUUGUCCACUAACCGGCUAGUUUACUCUGCUUUUUGGGUUUUCCACGUCUCUACAAUUGUGACUGUUAGAGCAACUCCAGUAGUUCUCUAAAAAAUAGCUUGCUAAAAUCAUGUUUAGCAAGUUGCUAAAUAGCUAUUGGAAGUAAAAAAUAACUUAGUUUCCAAUAGUUGCUCAUAUUUAGGAAGUAGUUCGAUUUUGAAUCUAGCUUUAGCGGCCCUGUCCCUAUGAGAUCUGCCUGAUAAUAAGGUUGAGAGCAGAGGAUAUGAGGGCGGAAGAAAAAAGGUCGGUCGAUAUGAAUUAUGGAUGAGUGGUGGUCCGGUGACGCAACUUAUGAGAAAGUUAGGUUCGACGGUGAAGGAGAAACUUGCGUCAUACGUGUUUGACCUAGCUACCUCAUUAUGCUAGAAAAUAAAAAAGAGUGUGUUAUAACUGGCUAUCUCACUGUAUAGGAAAGGUAAAAAUAAUCACGCUAGUGUGAAGAAAUUGACGUCAACUGUAUUUAGGGAGUUCCUACCGAGUUGCUAAAUGUGGAGAGUAAAUAGAGUUGAAUAGCAACUAACUAAAUUUAGCAAGUCUAUUUAGAGAACCAUUGGAGAAGUAUUUUUCUGUUCACUUCUUAAAUUUAAGAUUUAGAGAGUUAUUUAGAGAACUAUUGAAGUUGCUCUUAGACCACCUAUAAUUGUGACUGUUGACCACCUAUAGAUGCGGUUCAACUAGCCCUCCGACCCCCUCUCGAGAGUUCCGCUCCACCGCGGCGAAGGAAGUGGCGGAGGAGGAGGAUCCGCGCCUGCGCUGGGCCUUCGUGCGGAAGGUGUACGCGGCCCCCCGCUGCCGUCUGGCCCACGUACAUCGCCAUCCUCCUAUCCCUGUCCCCGCUCGGACUCUUCCUCGCUACCGCCGUGUCUGCGGAUCUGGCCAAGUAGCCCGGUAGGAAGCGCCGUGGGAGGAGACAGGCGAGGCGUUCGACCGCCGCCGGCAGCUUAGGACGUACCACGUCUCUGUUCUAUGGGUUCACGAGUUUCGGGGCCCUACAUGGAUUCUCCGCCUCCGCCUCCGCCUCGUCCGCCAUCGCCGCCGCGACACCCUCCUCACCCUCAGGGCGAGCGUCACGUCGGCGGGGAGAUGCUGUACCAGGACACAGACCAUAGGCUCCGCGCGCUGGUCGGGAGCGCCGAGGGCUUCGGCCGCCACGCCAUCGGGGGCCUCUACGGGGCCAUCCACCGCGUCACGUCGCUCCAAGACGACGGGCCCGGGAGUCUGAGGGAGGCGUGCCGGGCGGAGGAGCCCCUGUGGAUCGUCUUCGAGGUGUCCGGCACCAUCCACCUCCACUCCUACCUCCGCGUCUCCUCGUACAAGACCAUCGACGGGCGCGGCCAGCGCGUGGUGCUCACCGGCAAGGGGCUCCGGCUCAAGUCAUGCCAUCACGUCAUCAUCUGCAACCUGGUGUUAGAAGGAGGCCGUGGGCACGACGUGGAUGGCAUCCAGGUCAAGCCCGACUCCACCAACAUCUGGAUCGACCGCUGCACCCUCGCCGACUACGAUGACGGCCUCAUCGACAUCACGCGCCAGAGCACAGACAUCACAGUCUCAAGAUGCCAUUUUAUGCGGCACGACAAGACGAUGCUCAUCGGUGCCGACCCCACGCACGUCGGCGACCGCUGCAUCAGGGUCACCAUCCACCACUGCUUCUUCGACGGCACGCGACAGAGGCACCCCCGCCUCCGCUUCGGAAAGGUUCACCUCUACAACAACUACACGCGCAGCUGGGGCAUCUACGCCGUCUGCGCAGGCGUAGAGGCCCAGAUCGUGUCCCAGUGCAACAUCUACGAGGCAGGUGGAGGGCCCCCAAAGAAGACAACUGUAUUCAAGUACAUGCCGGAGAAGGCCGGCGACCGAGAGGACGUGGUGGCAGGGUCGAUCAGCUCGGAAGGGGACGCCUUCCUCAAUGGCGCGCUGCCCUGCCUGAUCGAUAACCCUGGGUCUGUCUUCAGGCCAGAGGAGUACUACCAGCAGUGGACCAUGGAGCCAGCGUCGCCGGCGCUCAAGGACAUAAUACAGCUCUGCGCAGGAUGGCAGCCGGUGCCCCGCCCCCCGGAUGAUCGCUGACUUUCAUCAUUCUGAUAUGCUGCAGCUCGCUUCUGUAAGAAUAUUCGUUUCACGGAAGCACUGCAUUUGUAUGCAUCUCAUCCUAGGUAAUUCAACAUUUGUUUCAUGGUAGAGUGGCAUUUGUAUGCCACUCCUCUUCAUCUGCCCCCUCUCUGAAAUGUAGUAGAAAAGUUGUUAUGGUUUUCUAUUUGUGUCUUUAUUUAUGGUACAUACAAUUCCCAAUGUAAAGAUAUUUCUCUCGUCCAUAGCAGUACAAUAGCUUUUAGUUGUGAAUGCUA